GACCCUUGGACCUUGGCUGCGUACAUUGAUGAUGGGGAAUCUCAACCGAAGCUGCGGAGUUGGGAAGCGUUUGACAAACCAUCAGUCAACACGGUCGAUAUUGUGUACCUCUCCGAAGCGGGUGUGGGUGCAUUCGAUGCAGCUUUAGCUUCAGCUUCGUCUCAAGCGGAUGAUGCGACCGGAGUUUUGCCACAAGAUGUAACGCUACGCUCAUUUCGCAGCCUAGCCCUUGGAAGGUCGUCUAUCUUCUUUCAGUGGCAAGAGGUCAAACAAUGCUUCGAGCAGAUACUGCCGUCCGUACCGUUCUCGGGCUGCAGUCUGAUGUGCUCGCAGGAUGUCGCUACCGAGAUAAUGAGCUACGGAACGCUUUUGCGCAAACUACGAUCAUUCGUCGAAGUCACAGCGCAACCCGUGGCAAGUCUGCCGGCACUUACGGCGCUGAGAGGCAGCGUCGGGAGUAUUCUCGAGGCCAUUGAGGCUGUAUUGUCUACCAAUCUCCCGGGCUGCCGCUCGAUGCUGCAAUUGCAUUCUGCACUGGACCUCCCAAGGGGGCUCCUGCAGCUUGUUGAACGGUUGGUAGAAAGUGUGCGAGAUGCGGAAUCCGAAGAAGAGGUAAUAGCAAGGCUUUCAGACGAGGUCACAUCAGCGGUCGAAUCUGGUACUAUGUUCGCGCAUGUGCUCAGAAACAUCCUUGCUCGCGUCUGCGGACCGUGGCUUGUCUCUCUGAAGGAGGAGCUCGGGCUUAAUCAUCCACAUGCUUCUCAAGCCUUGGGGCAUUCCCAUGGCGGUACAGCGGCACCGGGAAUACCAGGCUUAACUGGGGCGUCGCUAUCAACGCGCCCUCCAAGCCGAACGGCAUUCCUAGAUGCUGAGGACGAACGACUCGUCAAAGAAACUAGGCAGACCGUAAGCCUGUUACGAGUGAACUUCCCAGAGCACCUGCAUCAGGUAACAACAGGCAAUCAAGCGUCUGGGCCUAAUCUUACGAAUAGGAGAGUGGAUGUAUUUGAGGAGACGAGGCAGUCAGUCCAAGCACACCACCGCCGCUUGAACAAACUCCUAAUGAGGCAAUUGUUCAGCUCGCUCCAGCUUCGGAAGCAUAUCGACUUGCAGCGUGGGUUCCAUCUCCUUGGAAAUGGCCACUUUGUCAGCCGUCUUUCGACUGCCCUGUUCAGCACCGACACGCAAUCUCCCGAGCGCAAGCGUUGUACAGUACCUACAAGCGAAACCGUGGGCUUGCGUCUCGGGGCGACGGCGGGCCAACGCUGGCCACCCGCAAGCUCAGAAUUGCGCCUGACGCUCAUGGGGCUGGUACAUGACCACGCCUCGGAUCUCCCUGGAGGUCUUAGCUUUGCGAUUCGCGAGCUUCCAGACGAAGAGAUUGAACGGGUGAUGGAUGCCAGCUCGUUGUAUGCGCUUGACUUUCUCAAGCUGCAAUACGCGGCGCCACCGCUGUUGGAUUUGAUCUUCACACCCAGCUGCAUGCAGAAGUACGACGACAUCUUCCGAUACUUACUUCGCAUGUUACGUGUGUUCGACUUGACCAAGAGGCUGCAGAGCAUCGUUGCCAAGGAUGAACACUCAAGCUCUGCUAUUAAGACCAAACUCGUGAUGCAAGUCCAUCGCGCCGUGUCCGGUAUUAUGGCAUACGUGAUGGAUGUUGGCGUUGCGGUACCGUGGGCAGAGCUUCAGCAUUCGCUGGACACAAUCGAGCGAGACGUAUUUGGGAACGAAGGCGAGAGUGAGACGAAGCCAAUGAGCAACAUCACCGCCCUUGCAAACAUCCACGAAGCCUGUCUCGACCAGAUCAGGACGCGCCUUUUCCUUCGAAAGAAGCAAGGUAGUAUCCGCGAUGCUUUGGAUGACCUACUGAGAACUGUGCUG